CUACGAGUACUUUUAUUUUUCCGACAUAGAAAUAGUCAAUAACUGUGGUAACCUUUAUUUUUGUUUUUGUUGUCAUUUUACCUGAUUUUACAUUCUUCAAAUCCAUUUAAUACAUCAACCUGUUAGUUAUACAUUUUAAGUUCACGACAAAGCAUUGCAAAUAAUUACAAUGGCAAACAAUCCAACAUUGAUGAAUACGUCGCAGACCGCACGGCUCGACAGUUAUUGCAGUGAAAUGAUGCAGUUACAGCAGUCACAAGAUGUGGACUUUUUAAAAAACGCGUUAGGACAAAUAAAUCUUGAUGCUUCAGAGUCCAAUUUUAGCAGCAGCUUCCUAAAUGAAACACUCAGUGUAUAUGCCCUACUAGCAAGUGUUGGUUUGGAAAUUUAUAUGGAUAUGUUUGCGGAGCAUAAUAUUGAGUUAGAACAGUUCUUAGAGUUGACAUAUUUGGAUUUGCAGUUAUUUGGAAUAGAUGAUUGCAGACACCGUAAUCUUAUUAUGGAAGUAAUUGCUGCAUUUCGAUUUGAUUAGUGCCGCGUACAUCAGUUGAUGUAUUGUAGUGAAAGCCA